AUGGCGAACUUUUCUCGCCGCUUGAAUUUGUCCUUGGGUUUUGGCAAGUGGGGCAGAGACGAUGCCAUUGCCCCCAAAGUUUCGGCACGAAAAACACCACAACAGCCCUCGGGGAAGGUUUCAUACUGGCGAUUGUAUCAGUGUGCCACAACAUGGGAGCUGGCUGUUCUCUUCACAAGCACCGUCUGCGCCGUCGUCGCCGGGACAGGGCUGCCCCUAAUGUGCAUCAUUUUUGGGUCUGCAGGCGGGUCUUUCUCCGAUUAUUCUGGCAACCCAAACGCUGAAUUACAGCAUUUCAAGAACCACAAUGCGAGUCUCGCGAUAUAUUUGAUAUAUAUUGCGAUCGGGGUGUUUUUGACGACCUACAUAGCCACUGUGGGAUUCAUAUAUUGCGGCGAGCGGAUUACGGCUCGAUUACGCGAACAGUAUCUGCAGAGUCUGCUGCGGCAGGAAAUGGUGUACUUCGACAUAGUCGGCGCGGGACUCAUCGCCACGUGUAUUAGCACAUACGCCAACCUCGUACAGGACGGAAUGUCGCACAAAGUCAGUCUUGCUUUGACUGCCGUCUCGACCUUCGUCUCGGCGUACGUUAUUGGUCUGGUGAAGUAUUGGAAGUUGGCUGUCAUCUGUCUGUCCAGUGCUGUAGCGGUCACAAUCACGGUCGUGGUGUCGAGUCACUUCGUCGUCAAAUAUUUCAAGCGUGCGUACGCCUCUUAUGGCAACGGAGGCAACGUGGUCGAAGAGGCUAUCUCCACCAUUCGCAACGCCAUCGCUUUUGGGACCAGCGAGAAAUUGGCCGAGCUCUAUUGCACGCAUCUCAAAAAAUCAGAAGAAGCUGGAUUUGUGUCCAAAGCGAUUAGCGGUUCGUUGUUCGGGGGGCUCAUGUGCUACGCCUAUCUCACCUACGCCCUCGCCUUUUGGCUGGGCACCAGAUGGCUAUCAGAAGGGGAAUUGAGCUACGCUGCCUUCAUAACAGUAUUACAAGCCGUCAUGAUUGGCGCGUUUGCCUUAUCAGGAGCUGCGCCCAGCCUGCAAGCGAUCGCCUCAGCUAUUGCUGCAGCAGGCCCCAUCUACCAAACGAUCGAUCGCCAAUCUGCACUUGAUUCGCAAAGCGAGGAUGGUAUUGUACUCGAAAGUGUGGAUGGCAACAUCGAAUUUCGGGACAUUAAACACAUCUAUCCCUCACGGCCAGACACGGUCGUUUUCUCCGACUUCAAUCUACGAAUUCCCAGCGGCAAAACCACUGCCAUAGUCGGACCAUCUGGAGCGGGUAAGAGCACGCUCAUAGCUCUACUGGAACGCUUUUACGACCCUACAGGAGGGGCAGUGCUCCUUGAUGGCAGAGAUGUUCGGAAAUUCAAUCUACGUUGGCUCCGCGGGCAAUUUGGGCUUGUAUCGCAAGAGCCUGCCCUGUUUGAUACCACCAUCGCGGGGAAUAUUCGACAUGGACUCGUGGGUACACUAUCUGAAGACUUACAGGACGACGAAAUUCAAAGUCUUGUGGAAAAGGCGGCAAAGCUGGUUGAUGCGCAUGACUUCAUCCGCCACCUCCCCAAUGGCUACGAGACUCAAGUUGGACAGCGCGGAUCACUUCUCAGUGGUGGACAGAAACAGAGGAUCGCUCUCGCAGCAGUAAUGAUUCGGGACCCGAAAAUCUUGCUCUUGGACGAAGCAACUUCGUCGUUAGACAAUAAAGGCGCAAGUGUCGUACAGGCUGCAUUGAAUAAGGCAUCACUCGAUCGCACGACUUUGGUCAUUGCGCAUCGACUCUCAGCUGUCAAACACGCAGACAACAUAGCCGUGGUUGGUGAGGGACGUAUUGUUGAACAAGGAACACACCAAGAGCUCAUGGAGAAGGCGGGCCGUUACUAUAGCCUGUUUUCUGCCCAGCAAGCUGUUUCAGAUGAUCUUGAGGUAGACCAGGAUGCCGAAAAGUUAGAACGCGCAGUAUCUGACUCCAGAGGUGCGAGCACUGAGCUUACAUAUGCCAAAAGCAACUUGACUACAAGAGAUAUCUCCCCUAUGGAGAUCGAGGCUCCAUCGAAACCACGCUCUGUUAAUUUUUUCAGCCGCAUAAAGCUGAGACGAUCCAGAAACAAGCCUAUUGGCACUUCGUCAUUUCUGACUUUAGUCAAGACGGUUGCACGCUUGAAUCGAAACGACUGGCGAAUAAUGUUGUUGGCGCUUUGCUCUAGCAUCGUCACGGGAGCGUCACAACCUCUGCAAUCGGUCUUCUAUGCGAAGCUCCUUUCCAUUAUCGCUCUACAACUUGGCUCGUCCAGCUUUAGCCAAUCGGAUCUGAACCUCUGGAUCUGGAUGUUUUUCAUGUUGGCCCUCGUUCAUUUGGUAUUUUCCAUAUUGCAAGGAGUCUCCCUCGCUUGGUGUAGCGAGCGCCUUAUCUCUCAAGCGCGCGAACAAUCAUUUCGUGCUAUCUUGCGGCAGGACGCAAGCUUUUUCGACCAAAAGGAAAAUUCCACUGGCAGCCUCUCGUCGUUCUUGAGUUCAGAAACCGCGAACCUGGCGGGAAUCUCCGGGGUUGUUCUUGGCACCAUUAUCCAAGUCACGGUCACUCUUGUUGCCGGCUACAUUGUUUCGCUCGCGAUAGGAUGGAAGCUUGCUCUGGUAUGCAUCUCAACUGUCCCCAUACUUCUGGGCUCCGGCUUCUUCCGCGUUCGACUGCUCGCACGUUUCCAGCAAAAUCAGGCGAUCGUCCAUCAGGCAUCCACGGCCUAUGCAUGUGAAGCGGUCGACUUGAUCCGGACUAUCGCAUCUCAGACCCGGGAAAAUAACGUUGCGGAUCACUACCAUACCAUGCUUGACAGCCAUGGUCGACAGAAUCUCCAUGCGGUACUCAAAGCAUCUCUGUUGUACGCUGCAAGCCAAAGUCUGCUCUUUCCUUGCAUUGCAUUGGGCCUAUGGUACGGUAGCGAAUUGAUUGCUGAUCGUGAAUAUACGAUAUUCCAAUUUUUCCUCUGUUUCUCGGCGGUCAUAUUUGGCUCACAGGCUGCAGGCACCAUCUUUUCCUUUUCACCCGACAUUAGCAAAGCCAAAUAUGCCUCGGCCAAGCUCCACAGACUGUUUGGCCUGGUGCCCAAGAUCGAUCCUUGGAACGAAACCGGGAAAAGAUUGACGGAUCUGAAAGGCACAAUACAAUUUAAGGGCGUACAUUUCGCUUAUUCGUCGCGCCAAGAGACCCCAAUUCUGCGAGGUAUCGAUCUGAAAGUGGAGGCGGGCCAGCUCGUAGCAUUGGUCGGCACAUCCGGCAGUGGUAAGUCCACCAUUGUGUCGCUCGUGGAACGCUUCUACGAUCCUCAGGAAGGCACAGUGUAUGUAGAUGACCAAGAUCUGAGGACUCUACAUGUCGCCACAUUUCGGAAUCAUCUGGCUCUCGUGUCUCAAGAGACCACGCUGUACAACGGCACCAUUCGGGCAAAUCUCUUACUUGGAACGCAACAGUCGGAUGAUUCAAUACCGGAAGAGGACAUUGUCGAUGCGUGCAAAGGAGCAAACAUCUACGACUUCAUUACCUCGCUGCCAGAGGGGUUUGAAACAGUCGUGGGCAGUCGAGGAUCAAUGCUUUCGGGAGGGCAGAGACAACGCCUUGCUAUCGCGCGCGCUCUGAUCCGCAAUCCUAAGAUUCUGCUCCUUGACGAGGCAACAUCAAACCUGGAUGCGGAGUCGGAGGAGAUUGUGCAAGCGGCAUUAGAAAAGGCUGCGAGCGGCCGCACUACCAUCCUCGUGGCACACCGACUGAGCACCGUUCGGCGGGCUGAUUUUAUAUACUUUCUCGAAAAUGGACAGAUUGUCGAGCAAGGAAAUCAUGAGGCGCUGUUAUCCAAGAAAGGCCGUUAUUAUGACAUGGUCCAUGCACAAGAGUUCGGCCAGGACAUGGGAAGCCAACCCAUGGUAUGA